CCAUUCAAAAAGACGUCAAUCCAGGAAAAGAGCCUGGGAGUCUUCUUCAUAGAACUUUACGAGAUUUUUCACCUGAUUCAGGACCACGGUCAGCAACGAAGGGAACGUUUAUUCUACAGAUUCACCUUAGCACAUGUUUAAAGCGAUGUUACAAAGGAACGUUCCCCGGCUUCUUCUCCUCAUAGCCCUGUGCAGCGUCUUGUAUUCGCGGACUUUAAGUUUACCCUACGCCUCCAUGAGAGCCGCGAGGCACGCAGACGGUCUCUUCACGAGCGGAUACAGCAAACUUCUAGGACAGCUUUCCGCGAGACGGUAUCUGGAAUCGCUGAUCGGAAAGCGAGUCAGUGAUGAUCUGCUGGAAGAGCAGUUGCCCGUGAAACGCCACUCAGAUGCAAUAUUCACAGACAACUACAGUCGCUUCCGCAAGCAAAUGGCUGUGAAAAAAUACCUGAACUCUGUCUUAACAGGAAAGAGAAGUCUAGAAGAUGCUCCCACUGAGCAGGAGGAAUCCACCGGAAGCGAGACAACCUAUCGGGAGAGCUAUGAUGAUAUCAAUGUAGAUGAAUUUCUAAACCAUAUACCAUUGCCACUAUGAGGAUGAUGCCUGACAUGGAAAAAGAAUGAUCAGUGACUGUCAUAUACAGAGUGCAGUAAAAAACAGUAUUUAAUUCUAAAACAAUCUGUCUAAACAAAAAAUACAUUAAAUGUAGUUAUCUAUAAAGUUAAUGUUUACAUUGUAUAUAACAAAUACACUGUAAAGAGAUUUGGCCCUGAAAAAAGAUACAUUUCCUUUAUAUGUACUCUGUAAGUGGUAGAUCAAUAAAUGCAUUAAAACUAGUUCUGAACUGUCAUAAUACAAUCAGAGAACAUGGAUUCAGACCUGAAGACCACAAGUGGAGCUUGUCAACUGGAUCACAACACUUAUAUUUGGCUUUGAACAAUGUGUGUUUAUGUAAUAUGCUCUGAUCUCCAUGCAUUUUUUAAUCAGAAUAAUUUUAUAAGAACCUGUUGCUGUUGCCUCUCUGCUGGCAUCAGUGAAA